CGUUAGAUAAUCGCUUUUAUUCUCAAAUCUGACAAUGCGCUUCCAGUUGCCGCCUGUCCCCAACCACCUGCUGGACCAAUGUAGAUGAUGUGGAAUUAAUACGGAUAGGAGAAAAAACACUCCAGAUUAGUUCCCGAAAGUGAACGCGCUGUACCUACUCUGUAGGGACGGACCUGUGUUGCGGGGAGACGAGCAGUUCCCACUGGGCACAGACGUCAAUUCAAAGUAUAUUCCACGUGAAACAACGUCGAUUCAACCAGUGUGUGCCCAGUGGGUUGUGUUUGGAACAAGACAAGAGCUCUCGGGGUAGCCUAAACAUGGACAGACAUCACUCCCAUUUCGUUUCGUACUUUGUUUUCGCUCCCGGUCAGUUUUUGAAUAGGCCCACCAUAGUUCCGUAAAGUUGUCUGCGUGCAGCGGAGCGCACGUAUGGCUGGUCAAUUUGAAGGAUGUUGACGCGAAAUAAUUCGCCUAUGAUGGAAGUAAAUUCACCAUAAAGUAAGAGAGGAUAAAACGAGUUGUCAGCGACGGUCCGCGGCCCUCUUCCUGACCACCUGACCAUACACACAUACACAACCCGUCCCAAUGCCACCAUGCCCAUCAUCAGCAACGCUAACCAUGACUUCACCAACUACUCGGUCAGCAGUGACAACAGCAGUCUGGACCGCUUCUUCACAGAGAUCCCAGAGACAGAGACAGUCAAGGGAGUGUACUAUCAGAGUGCCCAGCUGCUCCGCAACGACCCCAACGGGGCCUGGCCCUCUGUCGACCACACCCUGCAGGCCUUGAUCAAUGUAGGGGGUAACCGCUACACGUUCCCCUGGACCACCCUGGAGCAGUUCCCUCUCACCCGGCUUGGGCAGCUUCGUCUCUGCUCCAGCCCCGAGGACAUCGCCAGCCUCUGUGACGACUACGACGAGACCCAGAGGGAGUACUUUUUCGACCGGAACCCCACAGCGUUCCGGGUCAUCUUGAACUUCCUGGCGGCCGGGAAGCUCCGCCUCCUGCGGGAGCUGUGUGCGGUGUCACUGCACGAUGAGCUGGACUACUGGGGGGUCGACCCCGCCCACAUGGAACGCUGCUGCCGCCGGCGCAUGUUGACACGUGUCGAGGAGGUGGCGGAGCGUGAGCGUAAGGAGGAGGAGUGGAGACAGAGGAGGAUGAAGCUACAGAGGCUUCCCCUGUUGGCUGAGACUGAGACGGGCUACCGCAGGCUGAUGAGCAGGUUGAGAGAGGUGGUGGAGAACCCCCACUCUGGCUUGGCAGGGAAGAUGUUCGCCUGCUUCUCUGUGAUCAUGGUAGCUGUGACAGUCAUCAGCCUCUGUAUCAGCACCAUGCCUGAUCUACGCCAAGAGGAGAGCAAGGGCGAGUGUUCCCAGAAGUGUCGUCACAUGUUUGUUGUGGAGACGGUGUGCGUAGCCUGGUUCUCCUUGGAGUUCAUGCUGCGGUUCCUCCAUGCUCGAUCCAAACUAGAAUUUGCCCGUGGGCCCCUGAACAUCAUUGAUGCUGUGGCCAUCCUACCCUACUACAUUUCUCUGGUGGUGGUGGAAAACAACACUCUGGAGGAUGGCAGUGCAGGAGCAGGUAGGGGGUACCUGGACAAGCUGGGUCUGGUCCUGCGGCUGAUGCGUGCGUUGCGUAUCCUGUACGUGAUGCGGCUGGCGCGCCACUCCCUGGGCCUCCAGACCCUUGGCCUGACCAUGCAGCGCAGCACCCAAGAGUUCAGCCUCCUCCUGCUCUUCAUCACCGUCGGCAUGGCCCUCUUCUCUCCCAUGGUGCACCUGGCCGAGAGCGAGCUGGCGCCCAACGCUGCCACCGCGCCCCAGCACAGCUUCAGCAGCAUCCCAGCUUCCUAUUGGUGGGCCAUCAUCUCCAUGACGACCGUGGGCUACGGGGACAUGGUGCCGAGGAGCAUCCCGGGUCAGGUGGUAGCGCUGAGCAGCAUCCUGAGUGGAAUUCUCAUCAUGGCGUUUCCUGCUACUUCCAUAUUCCACAUGUUCUCCAGGAGCUACCAGGAGCUGAAGCUGGAGCACGAGAGGCUGUGGAAGGAGGAGACGGGGGCCGCUCUGGCCGCUGACAACCUGGAGAACAGGAGGGAAAGGGAGGUGGAGAGGGAGGCGGAAGUAGAGAUGAAGGCGGAAGCUGUCGCGGAAACGGACAGCUACUGGCCCAGACGCCGAGACUUUGUGGAGUCUCUGUGCCAGUCCCCAGGCUAUGCUCCCGGCUUGGGGGGGAACAGAGGGGUGAUGGGAGGGAUGACAGAGGGGCAGCAGGCUAUACUCCCGGCUGGGGGGAACAGAGAGAUGAUGGGAAGGAUGACAGAGGAACAGCAGGCUAUACUCCCGGCUGCAGCAUUCUGAUCUGAAGAAGGAUACCAGACCUGAUGCUAACUCCUACAUUGUAAAAAGUGGGAUGACACUGUUGUUCAUCUGAAUUGCCUUUUCUGAUUGGUAUAAUAGAAAAUUAGGCUUUGGUUCGUUCAACUUGUUCUAUGCUAUUUUUCUGAAAUCAAAUAACACAUUUGAGAGAUCAUCUUCUUUUUUCAAUCUUGUCUCAUCGCUGCAACUCCCCAACGGGCUCGGGAGAGGCGAAGGUGGAGUCAUGCUUCCUCCGAAACUUAACACCCGCCCACUUAACCGAGAAGCCAGCCGCACCAAUGUAUCAGAGGAAACACCGUUCAACUGACGUCCAGGGUCAGCCUGCAGGCACCCGGCCCACCACAAGGAGUCGCUAGAGCACGAUGAGCCAAGUAAAGCCCCGCCGGCCAAACUCUCCCCUAACCCGGACGACGCUGGGCCAAUUGUGCUCUGUCCUAUGGGACUCCUGGCCACGGCCGGUUGCGGCACAGCCCGGUCAGCCUCUAGCACUGCGAUGCAGUGCCUAAGACCACUGCGCCACUUGGUCUGUGAUUUUCUUUAAUUGAAUGAAAUCGAUAUUCGCAUUAAAUAAUGGUGGGUGCAAUGUAGCGGUGGCAGCCUAUCAGAAGAGAUCAGAAUGUAGCCGUGGCCUAAUGGGGGGCGUGGUUUUCAGUUUGUUAAUUUUGGCCACCCGUGAGAGUGAAUGUCAUUCUAGGUAAUGUGUUCUGUUUUUAAAAAAACAUUUAUAUAUUCACUGCCGUCACGGAAGCUGAAAUGAUAUCUACAUUUAUUUUAUUUUAAUUUAACCAGGCAAGUCAGUUAAGAACAAAUUCUUAUUUUCAAUGACGGCCUAGGAACAGUGGGUUAACUGCCUGUUCAGGGACAUUUGUACCUUGUCAGCUCGGGGGUUUGAACUUGCAACCUUUCUGUUUCUAGUCCAACGCUCUAACCACUAGGCUACCCUGCCGGCCCGUACAUAAGUACAUAAGUACUGUGAUACUAAAGAGCCUGGAAAGGUUCCCGUUGACAAGAUGGUCACCAUUUGGUUACGAUAUUGUAACCAGUAAAUGUGAAAGAUUAAUUUAAAGAACGUGUUUGGAGUCAUUACUUCAUGUUAUGAAACCAACUUAAUACCUUGAGUAGCCCUUUACACUCGUACCUGUAUAUGGAUUCAAAAUGGCAGAUUCGGAAACUAAUAAACACCUUUAAUUGGAACGCAGAGGCUGUACGGUAACAUGCUAUACAUGACGUCAGAGCUCAGUGGCUGUACGGUAACAUGCUAUACAUGAUGUCAGAGCUCAGUGGCUGUACGGUAACAUGCUAUACAUGACGUCAGAGCUCAGUGGCUGUACGGUAACACGCUAUACAUGACGUCAGAGCUCAGUGGCUGUACAGUAACAUGCUAUACAGGACGUCAGAGCUCAGUGGCUGUACGGUAACAUGCUAUACAUGACGUCAGAGCUCAGUGGCUGUACGGUAACGUGCUAUACAGGACGUCAGAGCUUUUUUGACUGACAGCCGUUCUGAAAUUGAGCACCGCACACGACAAGAAGUGGCCCCCAUCCCUCCCACUAAUUGGGCAACUUUUCCCAUUUUUUGUUGUCUGAGGGAAGGAAAUGUUGUAAAUCACGAGGGCUCAAUAUAUUUUUUGCAGAUUAGCCAUUGGAGGACUAGAAUAAAUACAACUUCGCCCGUCAUUCAAGAAACACCCUCAACAUGUGUACCUCACAUUUCCAUAUCAUAUACAGUUAUCAACGGUUAUGAUCACUAUGUUAGAUGUACAGUUACCAGAUGACAUGGCGUCAAACCCAGGGUUGUCCUGAACAGAAUGAGCCUGUUAGUUGUAUUGUUGUAUUGUAUACACAUCUGAAUCCAUUCCACCAAAACUACCAUCUGCUUCUCUGAAUAAUAAUACGUAUUUCUAUUGAACAUUUAUUUAACUAGGCAAAGUCAGUUAGGAACUAAUUAUCAUUUUUAAUGACGGCCUAGGAACAGGGGAACUGCCUUGUUCAGGAACCUUUCGGUUACUGGCCCAACGCUCUAACCACUAGGCUACCUACCGCCCCACUAAAAGCCAAACACUGUAACAUCGUAUUUUAUAAUUUAGCUAGUCAUGUUGGCAAUAGAACAAGCUCUGAAAUUAUGCCCACCUGACCCAGAUUCCAAAUAUAAUGAACCGUUUUGUGAUUGCGUAAACAACAACAGUAAUUGUGUAAAGGCAAUGAUGCCGGGCUGUGUUCCAAAGAACACAACUACAAGUUCGCUUGCUCUACUUCCUCAACGGCACAGCUAGCAGACCUCAAAAGCACUUUAUAGAUGACAACUCUUCUCUGACUCAUAAGCGUCCAUUGAAAUGACUUAGGAACUGUGUACACUUUGAAGAGGUGUGUGGCCACUUGGAGACACCAGUUAGACCUCUCACUCAAACCCUCGUCCACUUGGAGACACCAGUUAGACCUCUCACUCAAACCCUUGUCCACUUGGAGACACUAGUUAGACCUCUCACUCAAACCCUUGUCAUUUUUUGUCUUGUGUUGCACCUACCCCACAUUUUUCCAAGAAUAUUCUUAUCAUCAUGUUACUGAACGUAUUUUCAGAUUUCGUUGUGGUGAAAAGUACAGUCAAUGUAAAAGGCACAUCAAAUCAACAGUGUGAUAUUUUGAUUCGGGUCUUGUGUCAGGUGAACUGUUGUGUCCCCACCUUUAGUCCAGUCAUUUCCCCCAUUAAUCUCCACGGUUCCCUUUUCAUUUCUACCGUCAGGUUCCCUAUUUCUUCUGUGAGAACCAUUUCAAUUCAGCGCUAUCCGUAUAGGAAAAUAUGUGUAAAGGGGUUAAAAGGCAAUGGAUUUACUUGAAUGGAACACAAUUGAAUACAUUUGGAUAGUGAGAAAUCUACGUGGUACAACAUGAAAAAAUGGGUUGUAUAUAUAUAUAUAUAUAUAUACAGUGGGGCAAAAAAUAAAGAAAUCUUGCUUGUUUGUAGGUGACCAAAAUACUUAUUUUCCACCAUAAUUUGCAAAUAAAUUCAUUAAAAAUCCUA